GACGGCAGCUACCACUCCUCGUACGAAACCGGCAACGGUAUCGUCGUCAACGAGGAAGGAGUCCUUAAGAACCCAGGCGUGGAGAACCUGGAGGCUGAGGAAGUCCACGGUUCAUUCUCGUACACCUCCCCAGAGGGACAACACAUCUAUCUCACCUACCUGGCGAAUGAGAACGGGUUCCAACCGUCGGGUGAUCACCUCCCGGUAGCGCCUCUGUAGGAAGGAAGUACAACUUGCCUAAAAUACUGCCGAUUUUCGAUGUGAAAUGUACAAAUGGUCAAAUAAAUAAAAUUUUACACAAAAUCUUUGAAAAAUGA